AGUUGGACCCUUGUUUAUUGCUCUUUUAUGUCUUGGAGGGAAGUAAGAUUUAAAUUAAAUGUUAGUCUAAUUCGAUAAAGUAGCACCUUUCCGGCAAAUCCCCUCCCACCCCCCUUGAGGAAACAGGCUGCGCGGAAGCUGGUUGUCAUUGAGCCUACGCGGUUCAAUGUGCGACGGCGGGAGGAAACCGACGUCGCAUCGACACCAUCCGUGGACUCGGACGGAUGCCUACGACGCCUACCCGUUGAGCAGCGAGAGCGGUGGCACAAUACCCAAGUGGAGAGUGGGGGGGUGGGUGGGGGGUCUGUACGUCAAACUCAAGGGCGUCGGUAUGGACGGCCGAGGCACCCUCAAAAUGUUCGCCCGUAAGAAGCGGGAACUUAUCAAGACACCGUCCAUCUCCAAGAAGAGUCGGAGCGGAAGCCCUGGACCGCCAAACACGCUGUCCAUCCUCCAGGAGCAGCCGCGGAAGGAUGGCGGUGACGUCACCCUCUCCUCUUCACCCGCGUAUUCCUCCUCAUCUUCAUCCAUACUCACCCCAACUUCCGCGGGGCCCUUAGACCCCUCGCUGUCCUGCCCGGGCACCCCGAGCCCCCAGCACUCCAAGCUGACACCCGGCACCGCAUCCUCCACCGCCACCCUGAGGCGGCCGACCACCCUUAGCCGACACGCCAGCGCCGCGGGUUUGACUCUCCAGUCGUGGGUGUUCACCAAAGGCCAGGCCAAAGGAGCCUUGACGCCGCCAUCAUCCGAAGGUCCCGAGAGCGCCGCCAUUGAAGUCGAAAACAUCCCUGCCCUGCUCAGAGACGUGGCGCGUUUUGCUGAGGCUGUGGAGAAGCUGAAGGACGUGGUGGUGCUGGCCGAAGGUACGGAGAAUCAGCGGCCCGUCGCCCACGAGUGCUUGGGGGAGGUUCUGCGCGUCUUGCGGCAAGUCAUCAACACGUACCCCUUCCUCAACACGGUGGAGAUCCUCACUGCUGCCGGGAAACUCAUAUCCAAAGUCAAAGGUUUCCACUAUGAGGCGUGCAAUGACUCGGACAAAAAGGACUUUGAGAAAGCCAUUGAGACCAUCGCGGUGGCCUUCAGCAGCAAUGUGUCCGAGCUGCUGAUGGGCGAGGUGGACAGCAGCACGCUGCUCUCGUUGCUGCCCACAGAGAAGAGCCGGUCUAUGGAGAACUUGUAUGGCGCUGCAGGCCACGAGGGCGGCGGUCAGCUGGGGAGCAACUCGGAUGACAUGGGCAACAUCGAGGGAGUGGACGUGAUCUUGCAGCGCAGUGAGGGCGGCGUUGACUCCGCUCUGCAGUACGCCAAAACCAUCGCCAAGUACAUGAAGGAUCUCAUCAGUUACGUGGAGAAGAGAACCUCGCUUGAGAUGGAAUUCUCAAAAGGUCUUCAGAGAUUAUACCAGUCCUGCAAACACAGUAUAACACAUCCCCACAUGCCCCUCUUCUCCAUCUACUCCCUCGCUUUGGAGCAGGACCAGGAACAGAGCGUGGGUCUCCAGCAGGCCAGCGCCACCCUGCACAACCAGACCUUUAUUCAGCCGCUGAUGCAGCGCAAACAGGAGCACGAGAAGCGUCGCAAGGAAAUCAAGGAGCACUGGCUUCGAGCAAAGAGAAAACUGAUGGACUGUGAGACCAACCUGCGCAAGGCCAAGCAAGGCUACAUGGCACGCUGCGAGGACUACAAGGCCAAAGCGGCCGCCAGCCGAGCAGAGGAGGAGGGGCCGGGAGCCACCGCCAAGUCCUUGGACAAAAAGAAGAGGUUGGAGGAAGACGCUCGGAACAAGGCGGACGAGGCGGAGGCCACCUACAGGACAUGCAUCGCCGACGCCACGGCUCAGAUGAUGGAGCUGGAGCACACCAAAGUCACGGCGCUGAGGCAGCUGCAGGACCUCAUCAAACAGAGCGACCAGACGCUGCGCUCGGCCACCAUCUCGUACUACCAGUCGAUGCACAUGCAGACGGUGGCGCUGCCCGUCUGCUACCAGACUCUGUGCGAGAGCAGCAAGCUGUACGACCCGGGCCAGCAGUACGCCGCCCACGUGCGAGACCUGCAGCUGCCCGACCAGCCCGCUGUCUGCUACGCCUUCGAGCCUUACACCGGCGCCACGUCGCACGCCGUCUUCAGACUGAGAAAUGACAGCUUCAACACGGAGCAGACGAGCCGGGCGGACAACGUCGCCGCUGGUGUGGACACGGAUCGCCAUUCCAGGCAGGGUCACAAGUCGUGGGGAUCCACGGUGAGUGAUGACAGCGUGGGAGCAGACGGUGCCCUGGAGUCUCCAGUCGCCAGCACAACCGACAUCAGCAAAAUUGCUCGGACGUCAUCCACCGGAACCGUGUCGUCCAACGAGGACACGGAUGACAAAGACGGGAACGUGGCCUCGUUUGAGACGCCAAACAUGAACGGCAUGGACCCCGACGUGGUGGUCUCCACCAGACCUUUCCGAAAUGUGGGCUUCCUGUCCAAAGCCGCCCAGACGCACCGCCUGAGAAAGCUGCGCACUCCCGCCAAGUGCCGCGAGUGCGACAGCUACGUCUACUUCCAGGGCGCUGAGUGUGAGGAGUGCUUCCUGGCUUGUCAUAAGCGCUGCUUGGAGACACUGGCCAUCCAGUGCGGCCACAAGAAGCUGCGAGGCCGUCUGCAGCUCUUCGGCAGGGAGUUCUCGCAGGUGGCCAGCUGCGCCAGCGACGGCAUCCCUUUCCUCGUCACCAAGUGCAUCUCAGAGAUUGAGAGGCGGGCGCUGAAGAUGAAGGGCAUCUACCGGGUGAACGGCGUGAAGACGCGCGUGGAGAAGCUGUGUCAGGCUUUUGAGAACGGCAAGGAGCUGGUGGAGCUGUCGCAGUGUUCGCCGCAUGACAUCAGCAACGUGCUCAAGCUCUACCUGCGACAGUUGCCAGAGCCCAUCCUGCCAUUCCACCUUUACAACAGUCUGGUGGGUUUGGCCAAGGAGAGCGUGCAGGCCGACGCCGACCACGGGGAUCCUGCCGGGCCCCCGGUAAGCAGGGGGGCUCAGCUUGUGGACCUGGGCCCCGAAACUGAGCCGGAGACACUGGUGCUGGUGGACAAGCUGAGGGAGCUUCUGAAGGAGCUGCCCAAAGCCAACAUGGCCACCCUCCGAUAUCUGAUUCGCCAUCUUCGGCGGAUCGCCGAGCUGGAGGAGGAGAACAAGAUGAGCCCCAGUAACUUGGGGAUUGUGUUCGGGCCGUCGCUGUUGCGUCCUCGUCCCACCGGGGCCACCAUUUCACUCUCGUCUCUGGUGGACUACCCCCACCAGGCUCGCGUGGUGGAGGCACUCAUCGUCUUCUACACCUCCAUCUUUCAAUCCAAGAUCUCACACAGCCACAAGACCUGUCGAUCUGCUUCGAGCUCUGCUCUCCUGAUGGCGCAGGUUCAGGUCGAGGAUUUGACCAGCAGUUCUGCCGACGGCGAGGACUCAGGCCCACACAGGAAGAGCAAGUCGGAGUCGGACAAAAUGGACGAAGGCUGCGGCUCCAUGGGAUCCAGCGAACAGUUCCCUGACUCAGACUCUGAGCAGGAUGAGGGCGCAAAGGUGGCGGAUGAAGAGCAGCAGCUGACCUAUCAGGACAGCUUGGAGUUGGACGGCACUCCGACGCCACCCAGUGGACCUCCGGAUGAUGACUCCAACAGGGGCGAGGUUGAGGGCGGUCUGAUCGAGUCUCUGGCCGAGCUAAACGUCAACCAGUCCAACAAUUAUUACUACUGCUCGCCGCUGCCAGGUCGCUCCAGAGUGCUGCUGGCCCGCCUGCGUAGUAAGAAGAUGAUGCUCAGCAGAAAUCGAGCCAAAGAGCCCGAAUUUGUGUGAUGAUCACUUUAAUGCUCUUUAAUAGUUUGCUUUUUUUGCAGUUUUCAGCAGCGGUCAACUUUUCUAACUGGACUUAAUUGG